GCCCUCGCCCUACCCUCACGCGGCUAUAAAGGGCGGCGGAGAGGCGCUGCGCCACCUCCUCACUGCGCGCCGGGCGGCUCGGAGGCAGCAGGAACAUCCCGAAGCGGUAAAGAUGGUGAAAGUCGGAGUCAAUGGAUUUGGCCGCAUCGGCCGCCUGGUCACCCGGGCUGCCGUCCUCUCUGGCAAAGUCCAGGUGGUGGCCAUCAACGAUCCCUUCAUUGAUCUGAACUACAUGGUUUACAUGUUCAAGUAUGAUUCUACUCAUGGCCACUUCCGGGGCACUGUCAAGGCUGAGAAUGGGAAACUUGUCAUCAAUGGGAAUGCUAUCACCAUCUUCCAGGAGCGUGACCCCAGCAACAUCAAGUGGGCAGAUGCUGGUGCUGAAUAUGUUGUGGAGUCUACUGGUGUCUUCACCACCAUGGAGAAGGCCGGGGCUCACCUGAAGGGUGGUGCCAAGCGUGUGAUCAUCUCUGCCCCCUCUGCUGAUGCUCCCAUGUUCGUGAUGGGUGUCAACCAUGAGAAGUAUGACAAAUCUCUGAAAAUCGUCAGCAAUGCUUCCUGCACUACUAACUGUCUGGCGCCCUUGGCCAAGGUCAUCCAUGACAACUUCGGCAUUGUGGAGGGUCUCAUGACCACUGUCCAUGCCAUCACAGCCACACAGAAGACAGUGGAUGGGCCCUCUGGGAAACUCUGGAGGGAUGGCAGAGGUGCUGCUCAGAACAUUAUCCCAGCGUCUACUGGAGCUGCUAAGGCUGUGGGAAAAGUCAUUCCUGAGCUCAAUGGGAAACUUACUGGAAUGGCUUUCCGUGUGCCAACCCCUAACGUCUCUGUUGUGGACCUGACCUGCCGUCUGGAAAAACCAGCCAAGUACGAUGACAUCAAGAGGGUAGUGAAGGCUGCUGCUGAUGGGCCCCUGAAGGGCAUCCUGGCAUACACAGAGGACCAGGUCGUCUCCUGUGACUUCAAUGGUGAUAGCCAUUCCUCCACCUUUGAUGCGGGUGCUGGCAUUGCACUGAACGACCAUUUUGUCAAGCUGGUUUCCUGGUACGAUAAUGAAUAUGGAUACAGCAACCGUGUUGUGGACUUGAUGGUCCACAUGGCAUCCAAGGAGUAAGCUGAGCACACAGGCCCCCCCCUGCUGCCUCGGGAAGCAGGACUCUUCUUUGUUGGAGCCCCUGCCCUUGUUCACCACCGCUUAGCUCUGCAUCCUGCAGUGAGAGGCCAGUUCUGUUCCCUUGUCUCCCCCACUCCUCCAACUUCUCCCCGAACCUGGGGGAGGUGGAGAGGCUGAUAGAAACUGAUCUGUUUGUGUACCACCUUACAUCAAUAAAAGUGAUCACCAUCUGAAAA